AUGCUCGAGACCUCGGACUUCCCGACUCUAUCACGGGUCAUGCGAGUUCAACCAUUGCCAAAUGAGAAACCGGCUACGGGCUUCUCGUGGGGAGAUUAUGAAGACGUUCGUGUGGGCACAGACGGUGGGGAGAAUGACGCGGAUGGAGAAGAAGAGGGAUGGGGUGUGGUAACAAGCAAACGAUCCAAACGGACCUUACCGUCGACCUCUUCGCAAUCUCAUACCCAGAAGGCCCCCGAGACAAUGACUAAACGGCAGAAACAGAACGCGGAGAGAAACGCAGCUAAGAAGGCCCAGAAAGAGGAAAGCGAGGCGGCUAGGUUAGCAACUCUUGCGCAAUACGAACGCGAAAGGGAAAGAGCGAGAAUCGCAGAACAGCUUGGCCACAAGUCCAAGGGUCAAAGGUAA